CAGAGCAGUGCCACUAUAAGCUCUGGAAACCUAGAUUCAAUGACGUAGCAUGUCACCUGGGGCCAAAUUUUUGUUAGACUGAGUGCUGUGGUUGUUCGCGAAAAUGACUUUGUAAUUAUUAACGCUAUGUAUCGAGUUCCUGUGAAGAGGGGUUGAGUAGAAAGGCAAAAUGUGGCGAAUAGCGCCACUAGUGAUACGGCUCCUGGCUGUGUCACUGGUGGCGCUGGUGCUCGCCGACCCCGGCCCAGGCGGGACCGGCCUGGUAUCCCGUAAACCGGAUAGACCCGAGCGUCCGGUACGGGCCACUGGACCCCCUCGCCGCCAGGGACGAAAGAAGAAACGCACUACCACUACAACCACUGUGGAACCGGAUGAGGAAGAUGAGCAUACCACAAUUCCAACUACCACUAUAGAUCCUCGGCUCUUCGAUCACACCGAGACUGGAAACUGUGAGGUGCCACUUGGUAUGGAGAACGGCAAGAUCUCUAACGAGUCGUUAUCUGCCAGCUCCAGUUACGACCAGAGUGUAUCUCCACUCAGCUCAAGAAUCCGGACUGAAAUACGCGGCGGUGCGUGGUGUCCCAACGGCCUGAUACUAGCGCAGAGUCGUCAAUUUCUCGAAAUAGACCUCCACGCUGAAUACUUGAUCACGGCUACUGAAUCACAGGGAAGAUUCGCCAACUCCAUCGGCGUUGAAUUCGUUGAAAGUUACUCAGUGGAAUAUUGGAGAGAGGCGCUCAGCCGCUGGGUCAAGUAUAAGGACUUUAAUGGCAGCCGACUCUUACCUGGCAAUGUCAACACGUACACCCCUAGAAAAACAACUUUGGAAGCGCCGUUCAUAGCGUCGAAGGUUCGAUUCUUUCCAUACGCAGCGCACCCACGGACGGCCUGCAUGCGGGUAGAGCUCUAUGGAUGUCGUUGGAAACAGGCUCUUGUCGCGUACGCUGCGCCCAAAGGUUGUGACAUGCAAGCGAUGACAGGCGGCGCUCGCUUCGAGGACUUAUCCUAUGAUGGAAUUGUACACGGAAAUAAUCUAGUGGACGGUCUCGGUCAGAUCACUGACUCCUUCACUGGACCCAACGACUUUGAACUGCCUGAUCCGCUAGACACUCGAGGUACCCGAUGGGUGGGCUGGAACAAGUCGAUGUCAGUGGAUGAUGAAGUUGAUAUCACGUUUAACUUUACGGACACAAGACUUUUUCAUUAUGUAGACAUACACACAAACAACAUGUUUACCAAGGACGUUCAGCUUUUCAAAGAGGCAGAAGUCUACUUCUCUCUGGAAGGGGAGCGAUGGCAGGAAGAUUAUCUUUCCUACGAACCCAAGCAAGACAAAGUGUCUGAACACGCCCGUGUCAUUCACAUAGACCUGGAAAACCGUACUGCAAAACAUAUUAAGCUUAAACUGAAGUUUCAUCACGAAUGGAUUCUAAUCAGCGAGGUCACAUUUAAAUCAAUUCCAACAGUUGUGAAUCAAUCUAUAGAAUUCCUAGAUGAAUACUAUAGGACAGACACGCCGCCGACGUCAAGAAAGAAACGCAAUUCAUCUCUGAAAGUUUCCGUUGGCCUCGCCUGCGGUGCCAUUGUGGGUGGUGGAGCAUUCAUAGCGGCCACAGCCAUUCUCGCGACGAAGCGAGCUAGGCGAAGAAUUCCAAACAUGCUCAAAAAGCCGUUCUGUCCCUCCCUACGAAGCAAUGCACGAAACAAUCGACGUGCGCCCCGUCUUGCAUUAGCCCUUGCAAAUUGUCCGCCAAUACACAUGCUUCGCAGUCCAGCCAUUGUGGAUGAAGACUAUCGAGAACCCUACAAUAUAUGGCGAGAGACACUUGGACGUCAAAAACGUGAGAGCCAUGACCAAAAUGAAUAUAACGAAAUAUGCGAGGAUCCGGAAUUCCCUCGACCCUACAUGAUGAAACGGGCCGACCCUCACGAGAGCUUCUAUGCUGCCACAGACAUUAUUCACCAUACGUACCCGGAUGAACGGCUGAAUCGCCGAGAGAGGCCCGCCCCAGGGCUUUUCACCUCUAUAAAACUACCUGAAGCCGAGCCCCCAAACGGGGUGGCGCCCCUGCUGGAUUUCCCGCGGGGGCGCAUGCGACCAGUUACUUUCCUUGGCGAGGGACCACAUGGCACUCUCCAGAUUUGCGAGACGGAUGGCAUCGAGGAGCUGAGCGACGAGGAAUUACCGAGUGGCGACCGCCGUCGUUUGGUCGUUGUGAAGACGCUUUGGCGCGGCUGCCAUAGCGAUGUCAAAGCGGCGUUUGCCCGCGAAGCAACAUGGGGCGCUGGGCUGAAGCACCCACAACUAGCCCGUGUGCUCGGUCUGAGCCUCUUAGAGCCUCCAUGCGCGGCACUCGACCGUGGCGAUGCAGUCCCAUUGACUACGAUUCUGAAGAUGGAACGGAGAUUGAAUUAUGCGAGUUUGAUACACAUAUGCUGCCAAAUAGCCAACGGCAUGAAGUAUCUGGAGUCAUUCGAGUUAGUACACAGAGAUCUCGCAGCAAGAAACAUAACAGUUACCAACGAUCUGAACAUUAAAGUAUCCGACUAUGCUAUGUUCUGCGAGGAGUUUAUUGGCGAUUAUCACAUUAUGGCAAAUGGAAUUCGAGUACCACUUCGGUGGAUGCCGUGGGAGAGCCUGCUUAUGGGUAUGUGCUCACCCGCAAGCGAUGUUUGGUCAUUUGGAGUCACAGUCUGGGAGGUGCUCACAUACUGCGCAGCGCAACCUUUUGAGGAGAUGAACGACGAUCAGGUUGUUGCAAAUGCAAGCCAAUGGCGAUCCGGCGGCCGCGGCGCACGAGUCCCGGCCGCUCCUCUACCAAGAUGCCGACGAGAACUUUACGAUUUAAUGCAUGAAUGCUGGCGACGCGAACCAAUGCAACGGCCGCGUUUUAACGACUUGCACCGCUUCUUGGAACGUAUGACUCAGGGGUAUAAACCACCAAUGCAACGCCCUUAAGUGUGUUUCAUUGGAUGUUUAUUAGUAUUAUCUAUUAAUUAGAUGUACGUCUAAAUGGUCUAAUCACUUCUGUAUCUGAUAAUGUUUGAACUAAUCUUGUUAUACCCACAUGCAGCCAUACCAUUUCAUGCUUUUUUUGGCUGAUUUUUUAAGACGUUGCUAAACUCUAGUUGCAGUAAAUAUCAUUUACUUCAGUAACGUCUUUAAUAAUUAUAAACAAUUUUAAUUAAUACAAAUUAAAUUUCACAAGGCCGGCAACGCACUGGCGUUUCUUAAAUUGUCUAUGGGUGGCGGUAUCAGUUAACAUCAGGUGUACCCUCUUAUAUAUCUUUAAUAAAUCAGUAUUGAAAUUGUUCACCCACUAAAAUUGCCUUCGAUUAA